GCCGGGGCGGGGCUUGGGAGCCUGGCAGAGCCCGGCUGGACAUGAAAGCCUUCGGACCGGAGCACCGGCUCGGCAUUCGCCGGUUGGAUCAGCUGCAAGAGCGCGGGCCACCAUGAGCGGGUACGUUGGCGACCUCAGCGCCAAGCAGGAGGAGGCGCUGGCCAAGUUCCGUGAGAACAUCCAGGAUAUCUUUCCUCUGCUGCCUACCACAGAGGACUACUAUCUCUUGAAAUGGCUCCGAGCUCGGUGUUUUGACUUGCAGAAGUCUGAAGCUAUGCUCCGGAAGCAUAUUGAAACCCGGAAGCACAUGGAUGCAGAUCAUAUCCUAGAGUGGAAGGCCCCAGAGGUCAUUACAAAGUACAUGGCCGGAGGAAGAUGCGGUUUCGACCGGGAAGGCUGCCCCAUCUGGUACGAGAUCAUUGGACCUCUCGACGCCAAAGGGAUCCUCUUCUCGGCUUCGAAACAAGAUUUGCUUAAAAAAAAGUUCCAGGACUGUGAGAUUUUACGGCAGCUGUGUGUGGAGCAGAGUGAGAAGCUGGGGAGGAGAGUUGAAACAGUCAUGAUGAUUUACGAUUUUGAAGGGCUGGGCCUGAAGCAUCUCUGGAAGCCAGCUGUGGAUGCCUAUUCUGAGCUCCUUGCCAUGUUUGAAGAGAACUAUCCUGAGUCCCUUAAACAAGUCUACGUUAUAAAAGCUCCCAGGCUCUUCCCAGUGGCUUACAACCUGGUGAAGCACUUUCUGAGCGAAGAUACUCGCAAGAAGAUUGUGGUCCUAGGAGCUAACUGGAAGGAGGUUUUGCAAAACCACAUUGACCCCUCACAGAUCCCCAAGGAAUAUGGGGGAACCCUCACAGACCCAGAUGGAGACCCCAAAUGCAAGACUAUGCUUAACCAUGGUGGAGAAGUCCCCAAGAAAUACUACGUACGGGACCAGCUGAAGCAGCAGUAUGAGCAUUCGAUGAUGGUGAAUCGGGGCUCCUCGCAGCAGCUGGAAUACGAGAUCCUCUUCCCGGGCUGUGUGCUGAGGUGGCAGUUCAUGUCGGACGGGGCCGAUAUAGGCUUUGGCGUCUACCUGAAGACCAAAGUAGGGGCGCGCCAGCACGCCAGCGAAAUGGAGGAAGUGCAUCCCAACCAGCGCUACAACGCCCACAUGGUGCCCGAAGACGGCUCGAUCACCUGUGCGGAUCCAGGGAUCUACGUCCUGCGGUUUGACAACACGUACAGCUACAUCCAUGCCAAGAAAAUCAGUUACUCGGUCGAAGUGCUUCUUCCGGACAAGAAAGUGGAAGACGACUUCCAGAAGGUGGAGGAGCAGACAAAAGAGCUGAAGAUUAACCACGCCUGAUGGAGCUUUCUCUCCCCUCCACCCGCCACCCCCCCCACAAAUCCUAAAAACGCUUCUUCCCCUUGGGAGGGGUGGGUUUAUGGGGCAGAGGAGUGGAAGGAACAUUCCCAAGGAUGGUGGGGGAAUUUAAUUUGGGGCGGUUAGGGUGGAUUACUUUUGCAAUUGGAUACAGAAACCAAUUGGUCUCUUCCAGUCCCUACUGUGGGACGUUGCCCACCAGCAGUUUUUUUAGGAUAGUGGGGAUUGAUUUGGAAACGCUAAUGGGCAGAGGAGAGCUGCCUUCUGUCUCUCAAUCUCUGUAGCCCUGCCUCUGUGUUUACAUGGCGCCUGAGACCUGACGGGCCUUCCUUCUCACGUGGGGCUGCAUUUCCUCAAGGCUAAUUGGUCACAGGCCACGGACCAGUGGUGGGCAAGGCUACCCCGUUCUCCCCCCCACACACACACUGCUUCUUUCUCUUCCUCUCCCCCACAACCCACCAGGCUGCUGGGAUCACAAUGGAUCGCUCAUGCCAGAGGUCUGAACUGGUUGCGUGCAGGUGGCUUCUGAAAUUACGAUGAGGGCCGCCUGUGGCCCUCGGAGCAGAAUUUCCCCACCCCUGCAGUAGGCAUAGGGUUGAAAGAGCAGGGGGGAGUUUUGGGACACCUUGCCGGACUGGACUGAGUGCUCUCCAGAUGCUUUGGACUACAACUCCCAUCAGCCCUGACCCAACACGUCCACAUUUCUCUACUACAGGAUUCCCCAAAGCUGGUUUUUUUUUGGACUACAACUCCCAUCAGCCCUAGCCAGCUGGACCCAGCGGUCAGGGAUGAUGGGAAUUGUAGUCCACAAAAAGACCCUGCUCUGGUGUGUCCUUUACCAAAAUAACAAAUCCCUUUCUGGCUGUUUUAGAGUGAACCUGGGGCCCUCCAGGUGUUGCUGGACUACAACUCCCAUCAUUCCUGACCAUCGGCCAUGCUCCCAGACGGGACUGGUGGGUGUUGGGAAUCCAACGGCAUCUGCAGGGCCGCAGGUUAGCCACGCCUGCUCUGUGGAUGUGUUUAAGCCUCCCUCCACUUCCUCAAAAAGCCACCUCCCCUUACUGCCCAUCACUGCCCUCUGCAGUGAAUUCCACAAGCGCACAGAGCCCGGUGCAAAGUCCUUCCUUUCAAGCCCAGGCCUGCGUAGCCUGGGACUCAUCCGUCGGAAGCGGCUGCCAUCAGCCGUGUACUGGAAGGCGCUGCUUUUCCGCUCUCCUUGUUCUGGCUGUUCCCAGGAACGGCAGGCACCUCUCAAACUCUGGGAAGGUUUCAGCAAAAAAUGUAUUGGGGGGGGGCAAGAUGGGGUGGCUCUCUCCACGCAAGGCUUGCUUCUAUUAAUGGAUUGCCUUAAAUCCACCUGCCUCGUUUACGCUUCGUGCACCUGCAACAGGUGAGCUGGACCUGCCUGCAUGGCACUGGUCCUGAAUGCCUGAAAAUCCUGCACAUUUUUUUAAAAAAGCAGUUUACAGGGUAGGUUCUCACCUCAGUUUUUUGGGGGGCGGUUGUGGGAUCUUUGCUCAGCAAGGGGGUUUCAAGUUGUACCUGCGACACAUUUUCAGAGAGGGAGGGAAAAGCUUAGGAAGAGGCCCCUUCUUCCCUGCCUAUCUCUGUCGAAAUUUUUGAGCGCGUGGAAAACCGGAGGCCCAAGGAAAUAAAAUUUUCCCGAUGGACACGUUCGCCGUUGGCUCGCAUCUAAGCCCAAGUCUCGGCCAGAAUGUCCAAAAACAUAGCACUUUUGUUUUUCUUCCUCCCGCGCCUCAAUUUUAGUUUUUCAGUUACCUUGAAGAUGAGAAAUGUUAAUAAACAUCCGAGUUGGUAUGCAUGCUUA